ACUGAAGGCAGCAGUAAUGCUAACGCUGGCAAGCAAGCUGAAGCGGGAUGAUGGUGUCAGAGGACCCCGUACGUCCAGUCCAGCUUCUGACUCGACUCGGAGGGUGUCUGUUCGAGACAAACUGCUGGUUAAAGAGGUUGCAGAACUUGAAGCUAAUUUACCUUGUACAUGUAAAGUGAAUUUUCCUGACCCAAACAAGCUUCAUUACUUUCAGCUAACUGUAAUCCCAGAUGAGGGCUAUUACCAAGGUGGAAAGUUUCAAUUUGAAAUUGAAGUUCCUGAUGCCUACAAUAUGGUGCCUCCAAAAGUAAAAUGCUUGACAAGAAUCUGGCAUCCGAACAUUACAGAGAUGGGAGAAAUCUGCUUAAGUUUAUUGAGAGAACAUUCAAUUGAUGGCACUGGCUGGGCUCCAACUAGAACGUUAAAGGAUGUUGUCUGGGGAUUAAACUCUUUAUUUACUGAUCUUUUGAAUUUUGACGAUCCCCUGAAUAUUGAGGCUGCAGAGCAUCAUUUGCGUGACAAGGAGGACUUCCGAAAUAAAGUUGAAGAUUACAUUAAGCGCUACGCGAGAUGAUGAAGGGGGAGGGAUGGCAGGACCACGUUUUCCAUGCUGCAGAGUUGUCCUGAACUUCAACAACACCAACCAGAAAACCAGCCCGGAUUGUACUAGUCCUGUGUCCAUGUUGUACCGAAGAAGAAAACUAACUUCAUAACCUGUCCAUGUUAAAAGGAGAGUUCAGCAUAAAUACAGCGAGAAAUUGUGUAUGUUGGUUGAAAAAAAAAAAAAAGUUGUUUGCUUACUUUUAAAAUGUUUACUCCUCUGAACUGUACUGUAUAUCCUGUUGAUGAGAUACGCUUGAGAAGUUGCAAGAAAUCACUAUUGAAAUUGUAAUUACACACUUUUUUUUAAACUCUUGCCUAGGUUGGGGAAAAAAAAAAAAAGAAAAAAGAAAGGAGGUGGUGUGGUUUUGGAACACUUCAAGUUGGCAAUAAAAUGGUCUCCUGUGAACCAAAUCCCAAUCCUGUUGCCUUUGAUGAGCAAAAACAACGGGAGCUUUCUCCAAGAGUCAGUGAAGUCAGGCUGAGAGCUUGCCCGAGCGCAAGCCCGAAACAAAACUCUAGCUCUGGUAUUGAAAUUCUGAUUAUAUUUAAUGUAAGUCCAUCUUGUCACAAGUUUGGGAUUUUUAUGUUAUUUUCAGCUCCUGUUUGGGCUACAGUAUGUUUUUUUUGUUUGUUUCUAUCCAUUGUGUGAAGUAGCUAAAAGAAAUAUAGGCUAAUCCGUAACUUAAGUAAAUGUGUAGUAUUAGUAAGAUUAUAUAUAUAUUAUAUAUAUAUUUCUGUGAAAAUGUAACAAAAGGCAGAUUUUUUGUUUAAGAAAUCUGCCUUUGGCUUUCGGAUCUGGAUGCGGUAAGGGCGCAGCAGGCGCUGUUGGAUCUAAUGCAAGUGAAUUCAGGCACCGUCAUCCGGAGAGCACCCGGGGGUGUCCCUCAGCCUUGGAGUAACACCGCGCUGCACCCCCUCUCAAACACUCCUGUGCGCCUGGCUUUUUUGGGUAAUUUGGAAGGAUUUCACGCUGUAAUUGCCUCGUCUGUAAGUAGCUGCACGUCCCCCACCCGGUCAGAGGAGGCGAAAGCCGAGCUCCUCCCGAGAAGAGUAGCACGAACCUCAGGAAUCGCUUCGGAGUCCAGGCCGAGGGCGUUUGGCGUUCCCCUGCUGCCAGCUGCGGCACCCCGAGCUCCCGCCGGGGAGCGAAAUGCUUUUAUAAAUAGAUGAACCAUAGAAAUAAAUGUUCGUGUGGUUUC